UGAAUCCGCGGCACCCAUUAACACCAGGCGCUGUUGUUGUCACGGCCCGAACCCUGCGAGUGGGGACGCGUCGGGAGCGAGGCGGCUCUGCCUGGCUCGCUGCGACGCGUGCACCCGGAACCGGCGUGUGUCAGGCCGCCUGGGCGCGGCCCGGCGGGCGGGCGGGCGGAGGCGCGGGGUCCUCGCGGAGGAAAACGCGCCAAGUUCCCUCGGCGGCGGCGGCGGCGGCGGCGGCAGCGGCAGCAGCGGCAGGCGCGGAGCGGGGACCGCGCGGCUCGCGAGCGGCCUGGCAGGCGCCGCUCGUGAUGUGAGCGCCGGCCGGGCCGGAACGGGCUCGGCGGCUGCCCACGCGCGGCGGGCCGAGCCAUGACCGGAUAAAAUUGCUGUUGAUUACAGUUGCCCUCUGUAAAUUCUCAUCAGCUCCUUGGGACCUGGAAAGAAGAUGCCUGGUGUCAUACCUAGUGAAAGUAAUGGGCUUUCAAGAGGCAGUCCAUCCAAGAAAAACAGACUUUCCUUGAAGUUUUUUCAGAAAAAGGAAACUAAGAGAGCCUUGGAUUUUACAGACUCUCAAGAAAAUGAAGGAAAAGCUUCUGAAUAUAGAGGAUCAGAAAUUGAUCAGGUUGUUCCUGCAGCACAGUCCUCGCCUGUAAACUGCGAGAAGAGAGAAAAUCUGUUGCCUUUUGUGGGACUGAAUAAUCUUGGCAAUACUUGUUAUCUUAAUAGUAUACUUCAGGUACUAUAUUUUUGUCCUGGUUUUAAGUCUGGAGUGAAGCACUUAUUUAAUAUUAUCUCAAAGAAGAACGAGGCACUAAAGGAUGAAGCCAAUCAAAAAGACAAGGGAAAUUGCAAAGAAGAUUCUUCAGCAAGUUACGAACUUAUAUGCAGCUUACAGUCCUUAAUCAUUUCAGUGGAACAGCUGCAGGCGAGUUUCCUCUUAAAUCCAGAGAAAUACACUGACGAGCUUGCCACGCAGCCACGGCGGCUGCUGAACACACUCAGGGAACUCAACCCCAUGUAUGAAGGAUAUUUACAGCAUGAUGCACAGGAGGUGUUGCAGUGUAUUUUGGGAAACAUUCAGGAAACAUGCCAACUCCUAAAAAAAGAAGUAAAAAAUGUGGCAGAAUUACCUCCAAAGGUAGAAGAACCCCAUCCGAAAGAGGAAGCGAGUGUAAUGAACAGAAUGGACGUGGACAGUGUGAAGAAUUCUGAGGACCAUAAAGAAAAACCUCCAAAAGGCAAUGGGAAAAGAAAAAGUGACACUGAAUUUGGUAACAUGAAGAAAAAAGCCAAAGUUGCCAAAGAACACCAGUCACUGGAUGAGAACCAGAGACAGACUAGAUCCAAAAGAAGAGCGUCUGGGGAUGUGCUGGAGGGCACCCCCCAAGUGACCCCUGAGUGUGCUUCUGAGUGCCAGGGUGCACGAGCCUCACAGAAGAAAUCAAGAGUAAAAAUAAACUGGUUAAAGUCUGCAACAAAGCAGCCCAGCAUCCUCUCUAAGUUCUGUAGUCUGGGAAAACUAAGAGCAAACCAAGGCCCCAAAGGACAGUGUAAAGAGGAGGAGCAUGAUCUGGACAGGUCCCUGGAACGUGGCGGACCUGCCAGUGUUGAUGAAGCUGACCCCCUAAGCAGAGGUGCUGAGCAAAUAGGUUUUGAACUAGUGGAAAAAUUGUUUCAGGGUCAGCUGGUAUUAAGGACUCGUUGCUUGGAAUGUGAGAGUUUAACUGAAAGAAGAGAAGACUUUCAGGACAUCAGCGUGCCCGUACAAGAAGAUGAGCUUUCCAAAGUAGAGGAGAGUUCUGAGAUUUCUCCAGAGCCAAAAACAGAAAUGAAGACCUUGAGAUGGGCAAUUUCACAAUUUGCUUCUGUGGAGAGGAUUGUAGGAGAAGAUAAAUAUUUCUGUGAAAAUUGCCAUCAUUACACUGAAGCUGAGCGAAGUCUUCUGUUUGACAAAAUGCCUGAAGUUAUAACCAUUCAUUUGAAGUGCUUUGCUGCUAGUGGCUUGGAGGGUGACUGUUACGGCGGUGGACUUUCCAAGAUCAACACUCCCUUGCUGACACCCCUCAAGCUGUCCCUGGAAGAGUGGAGUACGCGGCCAACUAACGACAGCUAUGGGUUAUUUGCAGUGGUGAUGCACAGCGGCAUCACAAUUAGCAGUGGGCAUUACACAGCUUCUGUUAAAGUUACCGACCUCAGCUGCUUAGAACUAGACAAGGAGAACUUUGUGGUUGACCAGAUGUUCGAAGUAGGGAAGCCAGAGCCACUGAAUGAGGAGGAAGCAAGGGGUGCGGUUGAAACUUACGAUGAUGAAAUGUCCUUGAGAGCUGGUGGAACUACACAGCCAAGUAAAGUUUUGAACAAGAAAAAUGUAGAAGCUGUCGGACUUCUUGGAGGGCAGAAGAGCAAAGCAGAUUACGAGCUCUACAACAAAGCGUCCAAUCCUGAUAAGCCUGCUGGUGUGGCAUUCGCUGAAAGCAGAGAUUCUGAGAUCAACAGUACCAGCGGGACCCACGAAGCAGACAGGAACAAGGACUCCAGUGACCAAACAGGCAUUUACAUGAGUGGAUUUGAGAACAAGAUUUCCUGUGUAGUGCAGAGUUUAAAAGAGUAUGAGGGGAAGUGGUUGCUUUUUGAUGAUUCUGAAGUGAAAGUUACGGAAGAGAAGGACUUUCUGAAUUCUCUUUCCCCAUCUACAUCUCCCACAUCUACUCCUUAUCUGUUAUUUUAUAAGAAAUUAUAGAGGGCAUAUUUUCCCUGUGUAUAUAUUAAACUGGCCUGGCCAACAUUGGUAAAGUUGAUUACAGCAGAGUCUUUUAGCUUGUCUUUUAAAGUUACUGGAUAUUAUGGGUCUCUAUGUUUUUAUAAAAUAGUGAGAUUUGAAAUACUGAAAAACCAUGUUAAUUUUUAGAAUUCAUUUUCCUUCAUAGAGACAAGUGAUUUGUUAGCUCCUGGGAACAAACAAUUGACUUAUCCAGAAUGGAAGCAUUUCAGCCUUUGGAUUUACACCAGUUUUUUUUUUUUUUUUGUUUGCUUUUUAGAAUAAAGUGUUUGUAUUUGUAUUCUCCGUAUUUUGGAGAAGUUAUCUACAUAUUUAUAGGUCUGUGCUUUUUCACCUAAGGAAUAGAAUUCCAUUCAAUAGAUUUAGCUUCCUCAGCCAAGAAGCCAGAUCUCUGAUGGGCUGUGUCACAGGCACAAAAUCUAGAUGGUGGUGUUCAGGCAGGGGCAUGCGAUUCGUGCCUUGAAUCACUUUGGAAAGUGUCCCAGAAAAACUACACGUCCCUUUUAUCUUCACAAGAUUUUAUAUAUAUUUAUGAAGGUGAUUCUGUAUUAUAGUCCAUCUUUUUGGGCAUGGACUAAUUUAUAUCUCUUCGUACUCAUUCUGCAUGAUCUGUAUAUAAUACAUCAAAAUUGAGGGAUAUGACCUUAAAUUUAACUUUUUUUAAAAACUGGGAGGUCAAUAAAAGUUACUUACCUGUAUAUACAAAUGUUUAAAUAUUUUUAUGUGGUGUGCUCUUGCUGUAAGUACAGCUGAAGGAGGAAGGCAUGAGAAUAACCAUGCACAGUUACCUUUUCUGACAGUGGAUGUGAAGACUUUCUCAGAAAUUGUUAAUAGUCCAAGUUGUCACACUUGGGAGGUUUACAAUACAAUGUAGCAUCCUAGGGGUCCUUUAGAGUAGACAUAGUUUAAUGGCCUCCAAAACAAGAAUUUAUUAACAGUGCUUUGGGUACACACCAGAAAUUUAACCUGGAUUAUAUACUAAAUUGGUAAGUGGCCAGUUAGACUUAAAGAACAUUCUUGGUACUGAUUUUUUUAAUGACUGAACAAUUUAUAUGUGCUAUUAGGGUAACACAUACCGUUUCAAUAAAAGUCAACCGGGAAGUGAUACAAGAAGAGAUUCUUUCCCCUUUCUGUAGCUGGAAUCACAAGAAGCCUUAAAAACAGCCCUCGUGCACUACCUGUAAGAUGAUGGAACAGGUGUAGGACAGGGUUUGGGCCACUGAUAAAAGAGCCAGUUUUUCACUUUUAGUUCUUUUUGAGGUGGGAUCUUGCUCUAAUAGCCCAGGUUGGCCUUGGACUAACUCCCCAUGGUUGUGCCUCAGCUGCGGGGGCUCAGAUUACAGGUCUGCACCAGCACACCCAGCAAAGAGGGUCAGUGUUAAUUGAAAACGAGCAGAUUCCUGAGCACCAGUACUAAGGAGUUACAAUAUACUGUGUCACACCAAAAGUUUUAAACAAGAAGCCUGUCCUCAGUCCAGAAAAUAAUCAGUACCACAUAAUUAAACUGUAAGGUCUUUGAUAGCAUCACUGAGCUUAGUGUAAAGUGGCCCAGCCUACCUAAAUGAAACCCACUGGGAAGUGGCACAGGUCAGAGCCCGCCUCCCCCCCCUCCUCCCCCCCCUUGCCAAUAGUCUCCCAGGUGUGAGUCUCCAUUCUUGGCUCCCUGCCUUUUCUCAACUGCCCUGGCUCCCCUCCAUCUGUGGUGCUGGCUGGGCCCAGGGCCUGCCUUUGUGUACUGCUCCACCACUGAGCCUAUUUCUGAGGUCAUCCCUUUUGCUCUUCCCAUAAAUCCUUUGGGUCCAGUCAUCUAAAAAAACUUUUGAUGACUCAGUCUGAGUUAGUGUCUGUCUGAAGAGGAAUCUGAGACAGUAAUUGCCUCCUCUAUAUGUGAGCUCAGCGGGGACGCUGGCCAUCGCCAGGAUAAAGCAGACUUUCGGACAGCCACAGACAAUGGCAGGUGAUUACCUCUGGCUGGUCCUGAAGUGGUUCGUGUAACUGAUGAGUAGACAAGGGUGCCAGCAGUACACAGCACUGCACAAAAACGCUGUAUGGACACCAGCAGAAUUUGGGAAUAUGAACUGUUUGGGAAAAGCCUGAUAAGCAAUUGUAUCUUAAAUUUUUUUGUGUAUUACCUUUUCACAUGAAGUUCCAACUUUAAAUAAACAGGUUGAUUUUGAGUAACAA